AUGUCCCGACGCAAGCAAGCCAAGCCUCAGCACCUCAAGUCGGACGAAGACCCAGCGCUGGCAGGAGUGAUCUCCGAACACGGUCGGGGUGAGGUGCUGGAGGACGCAGACAGUGGGAACGAGAGUCGCAGUGGCAGUGAGGAGACGCACGUGUGUGAGAAGUGCUGUGCUGAGUUCUUCAAAUGGGCCGACUUCUGUGAACAUUUAAACAGCUGUACCAAGAACCCGCUGGUGCUCAUAGUCAAUGAGAAUGAGGACACUCCUAACCCCUCUCAGGAGUACCCCGGAGAGUCCUCCCCUGUCCCCAGUUGUCCCAGUGAGCAGGAGGACAGUGAGGACCCCAGGGAGGGCAGCCACAGCCCUGUCGGCGAGGGGGAGGACAUGCCUGACACAGUAGCCUUAGAUGGGGUCAGUGUCCUAGAAAAGGACGACGAACAGAUGGAGCUGGACUUGUCUCCUGAAAAGGGCCUGGAUCCAGAUGAGAGAGACAUGACUUCGCCUGAACCCGACCCUUCUCUACCUCCGCUCAGCGAUCUUCCCUCCAGCCUCGGCACGUACGCCAUGCCCAGCACAAACGUCACCCUGGAGACCCUGCAGGGCACUCGAGUGGCUGUGGCACAGUUCUCUCAAAGUGUGAGGGCCUCGGGCUCUGGAGUCUCCACUAUGGCCAUCCCUCUUAUCCUGGAGCAGCUCAUGGCCCUGCAGCAGCAGCAGAUUCACCAGCUGCAGCUGAUCGAACAGAUCCGUAGUCAGGUGGCUCUGAUGAACAGACAGUCUGCCUCACAGCCUCAGCUCAACCACCACAGCACAUCUGUGAGUCAGGCCUCUGUCUCCUCCUGCAUCCCCCCUGUCCCCAGUCAGCUGCAGCUACACAGCUUCAUCACUCCCCCUGUCCAUCAGCUGCCUGUUAGGUUGCCAGCCACACUUAAUGGCCAAGGGCCAUCACCUUUGACCUCUGCAAUGGAGGGGCCUCUUUCCCAAACACCACAAAGUGGUGGUCAGCAGUCUAACAACUCCUCCAUCCCCAACACUUCCUCUAACAGUCCCGUAUUUCCUCCUCCAGCCUCUGCGGGCCUCUCAUCUCUCCUACCCUCCUGCUCGUCCACAGGCACAAACAUUAGCAGUAGCAGUAGUGUAACAGCAGGAGCAGGCCUCACUAACAGUGUGGCACUACCCAGAAACUCCAGCACUCCUCCAGCUCUCAGCCACAGCAGCCUGCUGAGCUCUGCCUCUAACAUGCCACUGAUACCUCACAGUUCUUCCAGCAGUGUUAUCUUCCCUAACCCUCUCGCGAGCAUCGCAGCCACGGCCAAUGCUCUGGACCCUCUCUCAGCGCUCAUGAAGCACCGUAAAGGGAAGCCCCCAAAUGUGUCUGUGUUUGACACUAAGCCCAGCUCUGAUGACCCAUUCUUCAAGCAUAAGUGUCGCUUCUGUGCCAAGGUGUUUGGCAGUGACAGUGCCCUGCAGAUCCACCUGCGCUCCCACACUGGAGAGAGGCCCUACAAAUGCAACAUAUGUGGAAACCGCUUCUCCACCAAGGGCAAUCUCAAAGUGCAUUUUCAGAGACACAAAGAAAAAUACCCACAUAUUCAAAUGAACCCAUACCCAGUGCCAGAAUAUCUGGACAAUGUGCCUACUAGUUCAGGCAUACCAUAUGGCAUGUCUUUGCCCCCAGAAAAGCCUGUCACCACAUGGUUAGACAGCAAGCCUGUCCUCCCCACUGUGUCCACAUCUGUAGGGCUGCAGCUGCCUCCCACUCUACCCAGUAUGAUGGGUGGCUUUGGCGACUCUCCAAGUCUUACUCCACUCAACAGGUCUCCACAGAGACCCUCUCCUCCCUCUAGUGAGUGCGCAUCUCUCUCCCCUAACAUUAUUAAUGACUCUGGUUUGACCACUACUUCCCCAUCCCCAAAGCUCAACAUAGGGAGUGAUGUCCCUCACUUAAGAGCUGAAGGCAUUCUGCUUCCCCCGAGCUGUCCCACUCGUCCAGGGGACAAUACCACCACAACAACUACAGUCACUCAAGUGGUUCUGUCUACCACUGUAACAUCCACCACAUGCUCCAGUGGAGGCCAGGUGACAGAGCCCAUUGGCAGCCCUAACUCUGCCUCAAAUGCAGUUUCCCACCCUGUUCUCCCCAUGCUGUCUGACCAGUUCAAGGCCAAGUUUCCUUUUGGAGGCCUUCUAGACUCUAUGCAAACCUCAGAAACAUCAAAACUGCAGCAGCUGGUGGAGAAUAUUGACAAGAAGAUGACUGACCCAAACCAGUGUGUCAUCUGUCACCGUGUGCUGAGCUGUCAGAGUGCUCUGAAGAUGCACUACAGAAUCCACACUGGAGAGAGGCCCUUUAAAUGUAAGAUAUGUGGGAGGGCAUUUACCACCAAGGGCAAUCUGAAAACUCACUUUGGCGUGCACAGAUCUAAACCUCCUCUCCGGGUCCAGCACUCAUGUCCCAUAUGUCAGAAGAAGUUCACCAACGCUGUGGUGCUACAGCAGCACAUCCGUAUGCACAUGGGGGGGCAGAUCCCUAACACCCCUGUCCCAGAAAGCAUCCAAGAAAUGGACACUGACAUCGGCUUUGACGAAAAGAGCUUAGACGCAAUGAGCACUUAUGAUGAUGACCUUCUCGAUGAAAUGGAGGCGGCAAUUGAUGAUGAACCUGACUUAAAAGAUGUAGAUGUAGUGGAUGUACCAAAAGUGUAUUCCCCUGGCAAUUCCCCUCCCCCUUCUGUAAACUCCAGUAUAGCUGCCAUGGAGAACCAGAUGAAGAUGAUUGACUCCACUGCCAACAUGACCCGCACAACUGGUCAGAAGCCAACCCUGAACGGCAGCAGCAGCUUUGGUGGGGAGAACGAUUGCUUUGCCACUGAUUCCCUGUCUGCAGUGGGAGACACAGAAGGUCAGAGCCUGGGGAGCCCCGCUUUGUCCGACUCCUCCGGCUCCAUGCAGCACUUGUCCCCCUCGCACAGCCACUCGGAGAGCCAGCGGUCCAAGUCGCCAAUUAUACUCAACAAUAAUAACAAUAGCAACGUCAUGAUGACAGAGGAGGGUCCUGAGAACAAUACAGGCAGCUUGGCAACAGUGAAGUCGGAAAAAUCAGAGACUCCAUCUCCGCUCGCUGCCAUGGAAGGCACUGGGGCUCUUGACCUGACUGCCACUCAACCUGGCAGGCACUUUAUCAAGGAGGAGAGCCACUUCAACAUGCUGUUCCUGAAUAGAGAUAGAGGUUUGAACACUCCCAGUCUGGCCAGCACUGCAUCCAACAUGAUCAAAAUGGAGAUGAAUGGUCACGGGAAGUCCCUGAGUGAGAGCUCACACCUGCCUGUAGGGAUGCAGGGCCACGCGGCACCGCCCCAGAGCACCACCAUGAGCUCCACCAUGAGCUCCAGCCUGAACCCCAUGCUCGCUCCCCCGCCCCCCAGACGCACCCCCAAGCAGCACAACUGCCACUCAUGUGGGAAGAACUUCUCCUCAGCCAGUGCCCUGCAGAUCCACGAGCGCACACACACCGGAGAGAAACCCUUCGCCUGCUCCAUCUGUGGACGGGCUUUCACCACAAAAGGCAACCUCAAGGUCCAUAUGGGCACGCACAUGUGGAACAAUGCCCCAGCCCGCAGAGGUCGGCGGUUGUCUGUGGAGAACCCCAUGGCUCUGUUAGGUGGUGAUGCCAUGAAGUUCAGUGAGAUCUUCCAGAAGGACUUAGCUGCUCGGGCCAUGAACGUGGACCCAGGCUUCUGGAAUCAGUACGCCGCCGCCAUCACCAACGGGUUGGCCAUGAAAAACAAUGAGAUCUCUGUCAUCCAGAACGGUGGCAUCACCCAGCUGCCUGUGAGCCUGGGGGGCACAGGGAUCACCUCUUUAGGGCCCAUGCCAGGAGGGAUUGAGCGGGUGCACGCUGGAAGCAGCCCACCCAUGACUGCUAUGGACAAGACCGCACUGGAGGUCGGGGCAAGUCGACCAUUUUCCAGGUUUAUGGAGGAGAACAAAGAAAUUGGGAUCAAUUAA